AUGGUGGACUACGAGGAUAGGUUGAAUGACCCAAUAUUAAAGCAGCUACCGUCGACUGCAGCACAGAAAGAACUGAAGGAGCUAAAGGAAAGUGGGAGCGCAUGUACGUACAGUGAUGUGACUCUAUUCGAAGAUAUAAAAGAUGCAUUAGGGGAGGAAGAAGGGGAAGACGAUGAUGAAGGUUAUAUUAGUACAUUAAAGAAAAUAUGGUGUUAUGGGCGUAAAGACUACGGGGGGCAAAGUGCCCUUUCUCAGAAUGUACGUUGUGGUCUCUUGUACUACUGGAUUGGGGAUAAUAUAUUUAGCAGUUUAGAGGAUAGUGAAAAUUUUCCGAAGGUUAUGGAUGUGAUUUGCAGGGAGGUCCAGAAGUUAGAUACUGAUAAUAAGUGCAAUAUUGUUUGUAGUCACAUUGACAAGAUCUAUUUCAAGUAUGAAAAGGAAAUAUAUGAAUAUUAUCGUGACCAUGAAGCUAUAGGGACAGAGCUGGAGAGUGCGGGUUCUGGAUGUAAGGAUAAAUUGAAUGAAUACGUGUCGCAAGCUAAUCAAGCAUAUAAGAUGGUAGACGGACAGUGUAAGUUGGAUCCCAGUGGGGGUUGUGAAUUCUGUAAAGGAACUGAUCCUAAAGCAUAUUGUAAUAAAUUUAGUGACGUCUAUAAUAAGGAUCCCCCCCAGGAACUCAUGAGGACAAAGUGUAUAUUAGCGCAGCAACUGGAACAGAGACCACAGGCAAGAGAUCUGCAGAUAGUUAUAAAGGUUCCACCGAAGAACAAUGAUGGAGCUACCAAUGAUACCACCCCAAUUCCUGCAAUAUUUGGUACAAUUGCCACAUUAGGAGCUGCCCUUGGUUCUUUUUUUAUAUAUAAAUAUACUUCCCUAUUUGAUGGAAUAAAAAACUCCCUCUUUGGUGGAAGUAAUAGGAAUAGAAGAGGAAGAAGAUCUACUGUUCGACACAAUCAACACUUUGACGACACAUUCACAGAGAAUGAUUCUUCCACCCUAGGUGAUGAUGGUUCCACUACCGUCGGUGGUGGUGGAUCGUCCACCGAUGUUUCGACCAUCUAUGAUGAUGGAGGACGACCAAGCGGAAGAACACGGGCAACAAAUAAUAGAAGACCAGGGAAUAUACGUUAUUAUGCAACGUAA